AUGGCCGGAAGUCGAUGGCAAAUAGCAGCCGCUCCUGCUGGUAAAGUGGGAAAUUCCUCUAGGGAAAAACAAGUAAUUUUCGAACCAACAUUCUCCAACUUGGAAAAAAAAAGUUAUGGAUCAACUCAGCGAUUAAAGCAAGCAUUUUAUAAGGUUGAAAAAAAAUAUCCUGGCUUUAGUGAAGACUUUUUGAUUGGCUUACUGCAACAGUUAAGAGUUGAUAAUGAAAUGGAUAUGACUGAAUCCUCCUUACGAAUAGCAGCUCUAGUGGAAUAUGAUAGUUCAAAAUAUCCGGUAAUCCUCGCAUUGUGGAGCUGGAACUUACAGCUAAAACAGUGA